UACUUGGUUUUUCCUAUUACAUUGUUCAGUGUAAUUAGUACGAUAUUGUGAAUGCGGUAUAUUUCGGUAUAUUUAUCGACGUAAAAAAGUAAAUAUCAAAAUUGGCGUUGCUGCCACACGCCGCGGGUCUAUGCAGAAAAAAGGAAAAAAUAGCAGCAGCAGCAGUGAUAGAUUUAUUGAUUUUAAUAUUGAAGUUUUGUAGCGAACACGCGCUAAAAUCAAUUGAUUUAUACCAAUAAAAUGGAGGCGCUGGUGAAUUAUAGCAGCGAGGACGACAAUGAUGAGGAUGGUGGCUACGAGAUAAGGGUAAAUACACAACAACAACAACAGCAGCAGCAGCAGCAGCAACUAGAAGAUGCAGCUGUGGCAUCCACAUCACGACGUCGUCGUCGUUCACGCUCCAGCUGCUCACAGCAAUCGCAACCGCCGUCAUUGGAGACAUCAUCUUCAGUAACAACAACAACAUCUGCUGCUGCUGCCGCCGCCGCUGCCGGCAUGCGACAUAAAAGCAAAAACAAAACUAACAGCGAACGUCACAACAACACCAACAGACGUCAGCGUCGACGCUCGAGCAGCCGCAGCCGCAGCGACGGCGGCAGCGACAGUGGUGCCAGUGAUGACAGUGCUGAUGUAAACGACAAGGCGAAUAAAAAAGGUCUGGCAACGCUGUCGCCAUCAAAUGCCGCAUCCAAGGUGGCGGCUGCGGGCGAUCAUCAGUCGCAUUCACAAAUGCCGCAAACGCCGCCUUUGCCAACCGCUGGACGACGCGGUGGUGGUGGCGGUGACUCAGGCGGUGGCCAUCAUCACCACCAUCACCAUCAUCAUCAUCACAGGAGCCGAAGCAGCCGACAUAAUAAUACUAAUAAUCACACUGAUGAGGAGGCGCAUGGACGCAGCAUCAGCGGAGGCGGAGGCGGAGGUGGAGGCAACAGACAGCGCGACUCGGAGCGUAGCAGAGACAAGGAGCGCGACAAAGACCACAGCAAGAGCGAGCGGCAUCAUCAUCGCACCAAAGAGAGCAACAAGGAUAGUGAUUACAAGCGAGAACGUGAUCGCGAUCGCGAUCGUGAACGAGAGCGAGAGGAUCGUCGCGGCAGCGGCAGCGGUCGGGACAGGGAUAGAGAAAGGGACAGGGAUCGGUCGCGUCAUCACAACAAGGAUUCACGCUCCAGCAACAACAACAACAACAAUAACUCAUCCUCCUCUUCGACGUACAAAUCUCAGUCGCAGUCACAGUCGCAACGUCGCUCCUAUGACGAUCAUCGCAGUCGUCAUCGUCGUCGCGACUCACGCUCCCGGUCCCGUUCGCGUUCACGAUCUCGUUCACGCACGCCCGCUGGAACGCCGUCGGCAUCGAAUCGCCGCCGUUCACCACAACAGCAACAGCGAAAGUCAUCCGGAGGCUCCUCAUCACAAGCGCAGACAUCACGCAAAUAUCGAGCACGCGGCUCGCGCGACUCCAGCAGCCGCUCUAGAUCGCCCAACGAUCGCUCAAACUCGCACGCAAAGAGGCCAAACGAAUUGGAGUCCUCUCGCGGCAUGGCAACACCUGGAGCACUACUCCUGGGCAAGACGGGAGGAGCUGGUGGAGCCCUCUCGGAAGCUGUUGCCCUCGCUGCAGCGGCAACUUCAAGUGGAGCCGGCGCCUUAAGUGGCGGCGCCGGUUUGCUCCCCACACCCAACUAUGCACCGAAGAUACCAUCGCUAAUGUCCCUAGAGCUGAGCACACCGCCCAUUGUGGAGGCACAACAACACCAACACCAACAGCAGCAGCAGCAGCAGCAGCAGCAACAACAGCCGGCAGCCUUGCAGUUGCCCAAAUACUAUAAUCCGGGCAUUAUCAAUGCCAAUCGCUAUGCGGAACAGCAGCAGAAACGCAAGUUACUGUGGGGCUCCAAGAAGAGCGAGGAUUCGGCCAACAAAUGGGGCAAUGCUCACUUCUCCCAGGACUCGGAUGGCAAAGUGGCCUCCAAGUUUAUGCGCCUCAUGGGCAUUAAGAACACCGGCGACAACAACAACAUCAGCGGAGGAGGAGGCGGCGGCGGCAGCGGCGGCAACAACAGCAACAUCAACUCAGCAGCCACCGCAGGAAGUGCUGACAAAUCAGAUGCAACGACUGAGCCGAAUAGCAAUGGCAGCAAUGCGUCUGGCUCGGGAUCUGGAACUGUGCCAACCGAUGUGCAGCAGCGUCAGCGCAUGUUCUCCAACAUGGAGCAACAAUACGAAGUGGCACGUGCCGCCACACACACAAUGCGGGGCGUGGGCCUUGGUUUUGGCUCCCAGCCACGCACCUAUUAAGACGGCGACGGCAUGAGAGAGAGGAGAGGGAAGGGAGUAUAAAAGAAGAGAAGAGAAGAGCUGAGAAGAGAAGA